UCUUCUUGGCGCGCCGCGCGCACGGACGCGCCUCCCUCCUCCCUGCCCUCCUCCUCCCUCCAUCCUCCUUCGCCGCCAUGGCCGCGUCGCUCGAGCGCCUCCUCGGCCCGCGCCAGCUCAUCGGCCUCGCCUUCGCCCUGCUCGUCGCCGGCGCCGGCGAUCUCGUCAACCGCGGCGUGCCGCAUCCGUACAUGGACGAGGUGUUCCACAUCCCCCAGGCGCGCCGCUUCUGCGCGCGCGACUGGACGUACGACGCCAAGCUCACCACGCCGCCCGGCGUCUAUCUGCUCUCGCUCGCGCUGCACCGCCUCGUGCCCGCGGCGCUCACCGGCGCGCGCGCCUGCGCCGACGUCGCCUUUCUGCGCGGCACAAACGUGCUGCUGCUGCUGCUGCUGCCGCACCUCGUCGGCGCGCUGCGCAGCGUGCUGCUCGCCGCUGACGCGCUGCCGCCGGCCUAUGCCGCCGCUGUCACGCAGCAGCAGGCGCCCGCUCGCAGCGCCACGCGCACGGCCGGCAUGCGCGCCGAUGCCCCGGCGCGGGCGGCACUUCGCUCUCGCCGCGCAAAGGCGGCGCCGCCAGCGCUCCUUGCCAAUGAACCGCAGCUGACGCUGGCCGACGUGCUCGACGCCGAGGAUGCCGCGGCGCUCGGCACACGUGCGGCGUGGCGCGCCGCCGAGGCGCACGCCGUCGCCAGCCUGCCGCCGCUCGUCUUCUUCGCCUGCCUCUACUACACCGACGUGGGCGCCGUCGUGUGCGUCGUCGCGGCACUGCUGAUGGCGAGACUGCACAGGCACGUCAGUGCGGCGGCGCUCGGCCUCAUCUCCCUCUUCUUCCGACAGACCAACAUCGUCUGGCUGGCCUUCAUUCUCUGCUCCACGCUCAUCUCCCUGCCCGGCGUCGCCAGUGCGCCAGGCACGCCACUGGCCUCGGCCCUGCGGCGUCUCGCCUGCAUGCCGCGUAUGCGCGCCGCCGGCAUCGCGCUGCCCUACCUACCCGUCUUUGGCCUCUUCCUCCUCUUUCUCGCACACAACGGCGGCAGCAUCGUGCUCGGCGACAAGGCGCACCACGAGGUGUCGCUGCAUCUGGCGCAGCUGCCGUACCUCGCCGCCUUUGCCCUCUUCUUUGGCUGGCCGGCGCUCCUCGCACAGGCCGGGGGGCCGCUGGCGCUGGCGCGCCGCACGUGGCGCAGCUGUGCCGGCAGCACGCAGGCGCUGGCCUCGUCGGCGGCACUGCUCGGCGCCAUGGGCGCGGCCGUGCAGUGCGGCAGCGUCGCCCACCCGUUCCUCCUGGCCGACAAUCGCCACUAUGCGUUCUACGCAUGGCGCAGAGUCCUGAGCCCGCAUCGCCAUGCCCUGGUGCCGCUGUAUGCGCUCGCGGCACGAAUGUGGUGGGACGCCCUGGCCACGACGCAGUCGCCGCUCUGGCUGCUCGGCGUCGUGCUCAGCGCCGCGCUCACGCUCGUGCCCUCGCCGCUGCUCGAGCCGCGCUACUUUCUGCUGCCGUACCUCGUGAUGCGGCUGCAUCUGCUGCCUGGCCGGCACGGCGCACCAGGCGAGACUGCAGCGGCGGCCGAUGCCGAGCCCACCGCUCCCGCAGCAGCAGCAGCAGCAGCAGCAGCUCCGGCCGCGUCGGCGCUGCUGGGCCCGCCCACGCCGCCGCCCUGGGCGCGCGCGGCCCUCUUUGCCGAGGCCGCACUCAACCUCGCCCUCGGCGCCGCCACGCUCUUUGUCUUUCUGCGGCGCCCGUUUGAGUGGCCCAGCGAGCCGGGCGUGGCACAGCGCUUCAUGUGGUAAUCAAAGCAAUGUCGCACGUCAACACGGCAGGACAGCGCUGGCGAGACGCGGCUGCGCGAGUGCGAGAGAGGCAUCCCGGCGGCGCUGCCGCAGCAUCCCGGCCCACAGGGCAUCCUCUGUCUGCACAAAAGUGG